AUGUCCGAAGAUUCCUCUUCGUCGAACAGUGAUCAUCAUCAUAAGCACAGCAGGAGGGUCAAACAACGCGUUAUUAAAUAUAGACUUCGUUCUUAUACAGAAGGAAACCAACCGAAAGCAUCAUCUCAAUCAACAAUCGAAAAAUACCUGAAUGACGUUAAUGACGCUUCGGACGGCGCUGCACAAGGAAUGGCCAAUGCAAAUCGCACACUUUUAACAUUAUAUGAUAUGCUUGAGCUCGAUCAAGAAACUCGAGAAUUCUGCAAGAAGCUGAAUUUCCUUACGUUCCCCAACGAAGCCGAAUGGAAACCUUUGCCUGAAAGCCCAGACUUCCCAUCCGCUGCUUCUCUCUCUCAACUUCUUCUUUGUUUGACUGAUCCAAUUAAACAACCUAAGGGAUUCCAGGUUGAUUUCAUUAUUACCAUUCCAACAUUUACCACCCCCAAUAUUGUGCUCGGUGCCUUGUUUACUAGAUUCUUCGCGGACGUUAGUCAGCAAGGUUGCAACAUUAAAGAUGAUAAACUCAACACAAUCCGCACAAUUAUCAUCAACAUCAUCAAAGCUACAUGGAUUAGAUAUGCCGCUUACCAACUCGAGAAUCCAAAAAUAUUCAAGGCCAUUGAGUUCUUUGCAGAAGCAAUUAUGACUUCUGUUAAUCCAUCUCUUGCUAUGGUUCUUAAAAGUGCCAUCAAAACUCUUGAAGGAAAGAGUGAUAAGGUUGAUACUCAAAAAGUCGAGUACGACUUUGUUUUGAGCAGUCUCCCAGAGAAUGAGUGGACUCUGAUGAAUAUCCCAGAGAUUGAACUUGCCAGACAGCUUAACUACUUCUUUAUGAUGCAAUUUAGACAAAUUCAAUCCACAGACAUUCUCGCGACAGCUUGGGGCUCUAAGAAGGAGCAUAACUCGGAGAAGUUCGAAUUAAUGAUUAACUACUUCAACGACUUUUCUUGCUUCGUUUCUAGAUCAAUUAUUAACGCCAGCCCAGAUCCACACGAGAGAGCUCGCGUCAUUAAGCGUUGGGUCGACAUCGCUUACAUAUGCCUUAACCCGGAGCAACAGGAUUCAGCUCCUUACAAUAAAUUCGUAAAUUACCACGCCGUCUUCGCAAUUAUGUACGGCGUCACUCACCCAUCAAUCAAUCGUCUUACAGAAACACAGAAGUUCGCUACAAGGACUAACAAGGUUCGCAACGCUCAUAUCCAGGAAAUGAACGAACUCAUUAACCAAGUUGGCAAUUUCAAGGUCUACAAAGAGAAACUCGCUAAUACUGCAAGAUGCCUUCCUUUCGUUGGCGUUCUUCAGAAAGAACUCGUAUAUAUCACUGAAAUGUUCCCGAAUACAAUUGAUGGACUCAUCAACUUCAAGAAGUGCACAGAAAUCGUCAAGUUCAUUAGACUUGUCGAGUCUUACCAAGAAUCACCAAACAUUAUCCCGCAUAAACGCAUACAAGACCUUAUCCAGGGAAUCCCGAAGGAUAUCGGCAUUAUUGCCCUUAUCCAGGAAUCCCAGAAGGCAGAACCUUCAAAGAAAUAA